UAAAACGAAGCUGCGCAAAACUGAUUCUGAGGCGGCGCUUCGUCGGGAGACGAGGAGGAACCACCGAGCCGAGUUGACGUCAGCAGGUCGAAGGCCAGCGAGCGGUCCGAGCCCUGGAAGGCGGGAAGGUCGCGGGGUAAGGGAGCGGCUCUGAGGGGAGGCCUGCUCAUCUCCCCUCUCUGGCCCUGUCGAGCGGGAAUGUUGUAAACGCCCGUGCGGAGGGCGUGGAGCAGCCGAGCCGACUGAGCCGGAUGGGACUGCGGGAAUGGCCUUUAGUCCGCUAGCUGGUUGUUUACCGAGUUGAAGCUGAUCUACUGGCAGUACACCGCCUAUCCUGAAAGCACAUGAGGAUCUUUUUUGAUACCUUUUAUGUUUAACCAAAAUCAAUAUUGCACCCUUGAGAACUUUUGGGUCUAGGGGAAAUCACUCAAACAGCAAAUUCUGGAACAGAGAGCAGUCCCUAGUGAAAAAUGUGUGGUCGCACAGCGGUUUCUCUGGGAGCAGAUGGCAUCCGUCGGGCCUGCGCAUACCAUGAUAAACAGGGGAGGCAGCAACAUCCUGAAUGGAAAAAUGCUGACAAAUAUAGUCCGUCCUACAAUAAGUGUCCACAAUCCAACAAUCCUGUGCUUCUCUCCCGACAACACUUUGAGAAGGAUUCUAGUUCUGAGCGUGUCCUUGUAGCCAUGCGUUGGGGGCUUGUUCCAGGCUGGUUCAAGGAAGAUGACCCAUCUAAAAUGCAGUACAACACUUCAAAUUGUCGUAGUGACACCAUGAUGGAGAAACUCUCAUACAAGGGACCUCUUGUCAAGGGUAAGCGCUGUGUGGUGCUGGCUGAUGGCUACUAUGAAUGGCAACAACGCAAUGGACAGAAGCAGCCCUAUUUCAUUUACUUCCCCCAGACUGUGCAAGAAAUGUUCAACAAAACAGGCAUAGAAGAUGAAGAGCCAAAAGGCCAGAGGUUACUCACAAUGGCUGGUAUUUUUGAUUGCUGGGAACCCCCUAAUGGAGGGGAAGCAUUGUACAGCUACACCAUCAUCACAGUAAAUGCUUCUGAAAGUGUAAGCUUCAUCCAUAACAGGAUGCCAGCUAUUCUGGAUGGGGAGGAGGCUGUUGGAAAAUGGUUGGACUUUGCAGAAAUACCCACACAAGAAGCACUUAAGCUUAUUCACCCCACACAGAAUCUUGCCUUCCAUCCAGUCUCAAGUAUAGUAAACAACUCUCGAAACAAUACACCAGAAUGCAUUGUACCCAUUCAGUUGGACCUCAAGAAGGAGACCAAAGUUAGUGGAAGCAGCAAAAUGAUGUUGAACUGGUUAAAAAGCACAUCUAAGAAAGAGGAAGAUGAUAGCUUGCCAAGAUGGUCCAGUCAGUUCAUUCACACAGCAGCAUCCAAGAAAACCAGUAUAAAUUUAAUGAACCAGGGGGUGGAAAAGGAAGAAGGGGAACCUCCUGCAAAGCAGUGCAAAAAUCAAUAAUUUGUGGGCCCUUGGACUUCAUUCCCAAAUAGGUAACAGGCCCAACAAAUGAGUUCUGAGGCUUGUGCUUGCUGCCCAGAAUAUUUAAAUCUGGCUGUUUCUACUAAUUUCAAAUCUGGUGUGGGAUUUUCUCACUAUUUACUGAUACCCAGCAGUUUGGACUUAUCACUUAAUACUUUAAUGCUUCAGUGCAAGCUGGGGUGGGGAUUUUAUGUAUGGUACUGACUUUCCAUUGCCUACCUUCUCAGCAGCUGAAUGGCAUUUGAGUUGGAUUCUCUGUGUCAUGUUUCUUGCCCUAGUAUUAAUCAGAUUUAUUUUUUUGCAUCAAUGUCCUAAUUCUUGAGAGUGAAAGCAGAUCACUUUUGUUGGAGAGCUUCUGUUGCAAAAUGAAACUGUUACCUAGGUGUGUUCUUAAACCAGUUAAUAUGUUAGCCGUUUUGUAUCCUGGAAUAUUUUUUCUAAGGAUGAACUAUAUUAGUGGGGAAACUGCUCCAUUAAGGUAUAACUUCAACAGCUAUUGUGUUAUCAGGUUUUGGCAAUUACAGUUUAAGAUCAGUGGCAAAAACAUCCAAUGUUAACAUGAUGGAAAGGAAGUUUUGUCCAUUGAAGAUUCUCAGUGCUAACCUCAUGGGACCUCCUUGUCAAAAGGAGCACUUAAGCAGAAUGAAAAAUAUUUAAAUUCUACAAGGAAGACAAUUAUUCUCUGCCUUGUGGAAAAAAAUGUUUUCCUGCUGAGGUUGAUGUUCCAGAAUGAUAAUUUUGGGUUUGUUCUAAUUUUUUUUUAAAUAAGCUUAAGUAAAAUUUAUCAAAAAUGAUGGUUGAACCAAGAAUUUGCCAAGAGACCGAAACUUCCAGAGAGUCUUGUUUAGUUACGUUUUCCACAAUGGUUAUAAAUAAUAAAGUGUUCAGCUGCCCUACACAAGAACAUUA